AAUUUCAAAAUCAAACCUACGCCACUGGAUAUAAAGUAUUCAUUCUGAUUUUACAGAAAGAGCGCAAGCAGCGUGUUGAUGUUGCUAUGGUUACCACAUCAGGCGAACGCAAUUUCUCGCGAGCUUCUUAGCACACUAUUUUGUGGACUUUUACCCAACUCUUCUGGUUACUGUUUGAAAUGCUCUUGAAAAGAAUAUAGUUUCAUGUAAAGGAAAUAGGUCUUUUCAAUAGCCCCAUCACCCUCCAAAUAGCCUACACCCCUCAAACUCAGACACGCAUGAAGUAGCCUAACUGAGGGAAGUCUCCCCUGCAGGUACGUUUCCCUCUCACUCUGUUUCACACACUUUCCUCUGCAUCACACAGAGGAAGCAAAAUUUCCACAUUCCAUCCGGUGUUGUGUGGAUGAGGACACACCCAGCGCUCACACACACACACACACACACUGACUGUACAGUAGAGACGCGAUGGGACAUACUGCUGCUCUAGCGCUCAUCUGAAUGCAUGACAGUCAUACCAUCAGCACAAUCAUGACAAGUGAAGGGCUUGUGUUUUUAUGCGGGUUGGGGAUUCUCCAAAUGCUGUGUGUGACUGAAGGAAGCACUGGUGGGUGUGGGUGCCCAGCGGCCAGCAUUUUGUCUGACUUUCCAUCUAAGGUACCCAAUGACACAUGCUGCUUGAACUUCUCAGGAUCCACAUUCAACCAGGUGUCUUGGUCGGCUUUUUUGUCACAUACACACCUGCAGGUUCUGGACCUGACUAACUGUAAUAUCAGUCACAUUGAUCACAGUGAGGUCGGUGAUGCUGUCAGUUCACUGAGAGAGCUGUAUCUCAGUCAGAACAGUCUGACAUCUCUCCCAGCUGACUUCCUCGCUAAAGCUUACAGUUUGGAAGUGCUGGAUUUGGGAGUGAAUCGUCUGAAGGAUCUGCCCGAGGGAUUUCUGCAGAACUCUGACAAACUGCGGGUGCUGAUUCUGGGAUGGAACCAGCUGAGCGCUCUGCCUCAUUCAGCGCUUAAGCCGUCGCUACAGCAUCUGGAGCUCGUUGGAAACCCCUGGGACUGUACAUGCUCGCUGUGGAAGGGGCUUCACGGUGGUCUGCAUGACAACUCCAGCAGCCUUCAGGACCUCGUAGGGAAUCUGACCUGUGCCUCUCCUCAAAAUCUUGCAGGGCGGACGCUUUGGUCUUUGCCGACUAGUGACGUGUGUCAUUUGCCCAACCUGACCGCUCUUUUCAUCCUGCUUCCCUUGCUGCUCCUCCUCAGCUUGGUGCUGUGCUGGUGCUGUGGCAGAGAGAAGAAGAAGAAAAAGAAGAAGAAAGAGACCACCUCGUUCAGUGCAACUCGCAAAAGAGCCAACAACUCCCAUUGCAACGGACGGUGGCCACAUGCCAAACUGCCCACUGAGGAGUCAGCAGUGUCUGUCGACAGAGGAAAGGAGGUCAUACUGAAGAACCAGCUGAUGCUUCAGCCCUCGUCCACCCUGUUAGACAGCACUCGGGAUAUUUAUGAGGAGGUGGAGGUCAAACUGGGCUCUGUGGACUCGCUGGCUCCUCCGCCGUCCACUUGCUCCACAGAAGGGACCGUGGGAAAGCAGGACCUGGACACGGUGAGCGUGAGCGAGGUGAUGAAGGACUCAGCCGAUCGGGAGAAGGCAUACUUGACCCAGUCCACUGAAUACUACAGCCUGGUUCCUGGGAUUGAAAUCGAAGACUCCGAUCAUGGAGAGUAUGAAAGUGUGGACCUCUCGUGACAUGAAAUGCUGCGUUUGGUUGAAAUACUUUUAAGUACACUGGAGUUUUGUGUCAUUGAUGUUCAUGAUCGUUCAUGACGUUGGUGAUAAAGGAAGUCACUGCACCAGUGCGAAACCAUAACUUUUGCAUACGCCGUGAAUUAAUUACUGUACUGAGAAAGUGUCAAGCGAAGCCGUUUGUAGACUCAAUCAGUCUGUUGUCAAGAUAAGCUAUCAUAUAGCUGUCGCCUGGAUAUUUGCGUUAUAUUGAGAUUUUUAUAUCUUCGUAUUCUACUGUAAUUUAGAUGGGAAGUUUUUAUUGUUAUUGAAAUAUUACUUUGGUUCAAAUUCAGUUACCGUGUUUAGUGUCAAUGUACGAUGGAUUUGGUGUCACAUAUAUCAUUUAUAUAUCAUAUUAUGAAGAGGAACAAGAGAAUGUCAGACAGAACCACAGUCCAGCCUCUGGCCCAUAUCAUUAGCAACCAAAUCUGCUAUGGUAACUAUAAAUCAAAACAAUACUUUGUUAAAAUUGUAUGUAUGAUGGACCAUUUCUCACAGAAGUAUGAAGGAGUACUGUUUUUGUUUCUACAUUAUGUGUGUGUGUGUGUGUGUGUGUGUGUGUGUGUGUGUGUGUGUGUGUGUGUGUGUGUGUGUGUGUGUGUGUGUGUGUGUGUGUGUGUGUGUGUUAAAAACAGUGAUCAUUUAUGCAAUAGUAUCUAGCUUGUAUCUGGCCACACCUGAUGUAAUCAUUAUUUUUGGCCUUGUUAAUAAUUAAUUCACUCUUUGCAAGUUAAAAAAGUGCAUAAUCAAAUCAACAGAAACAGCUAUAUACUGAUCAAAUGAAGUGGCUUUCAGAUAAUUUCAGGCUGAAUCAGCAAGUAAAAUUUAACAAAGCAGAUUUCAGUGCAAAGACUAAAUAAAAGAAAAAGAGGUCGAGUAAGUAGCCUACACCAAAAAAACUCAACUUUUACCUAUAAAAUGACUUUUUUUAUUGUUAACUAAAACUAAAAUUAUAAAAGGGAAAAUUUAAAAUUUGAUUGAAGUUUACUACACGAUUGAAAUUUGUUAAUUUAAAAAAAUGGGGUUACUUUUUUGUGUGUAUUAAUGAAUAUUGUAAUAAUAUAUUAAAAUAACACUGCCAAUCUCAUAUUUACAAAAUGGCUCAAAUGGGAAAACGACAGAUAAUGACAUACAAAAUAAACAAAAUGUUUUUUUGUAAUCUUGGAUACAUGAGUUACACUGGAUAUAUGCCAUUCUGUAUGAUUUUAAUAUGAUCUGGCAUUAACAAAGAAUCCUGAAAAUAGUAAAUUGUAUUUCAUUCUUGGCUUCGAAUAAAUGCUUUUUCACGUAA